GAGGGAGGGAUUACGUUUCACGAUGAUGAUUGAGAGACCGCCGAGCCAAGGGCCGUAGGAUGAUUCGAAUUGCCAUUCCCGCCUGCCAUGCUAAUCGGAAUUGACUUGGAAAAACGCAAUUUGGAGCACCGCAUGCAGGGCUUGUUGCAAAACAUCAGCGAGCAAACGGCGACACCACAACGUCAUCGUUUCAUUAAGACAACAAACGCACCACAAGAGUCAAUUUGAUGCAGCUUUCCGCAAGCGCUCUCUCCACUUCCCACUCUACGAACCACCACCACUUACCACUACCCGCACAGCCCACCAUGUCGUACCCGUUCACCGGCGGGCCUCAUGCUAAUCAUGACCAAUACUCGCAGCCAAACGACUAUGUCGUGACAAACACUGAGCCACGCAUGCUCCUCGACUUCUCGGACUUGUUCGCUCCGCAUGCUCAAAUCGAAACCUACACCCACCACUCCACAGGCAACAAACCCGAGCUUCGUACUACCUCCCCUCUCCCCUCGCCCCCCUCCACCGGCAACACGCCGGAGCGUCCUACUGGUUCCCCUGUCUGCUACCCGCCCUCGGACGCCGACAACGAGUACUCGCCUUCCUCGUCGCCUCCACGCACACCGAUGUUAUCUUUCGCAGCUCAAGCGCAGCAGCACCACAGCAAAGAACCCGACUCUCUGAUCGAAUGGCUCGAUUACCUCUUCGACGACAUGGACAUGAGCAGGGCCCUGACGCGCGCCGAGCAAGCAAACUGGAAGGCCGUCCUGGCUGCUCGGCGCUACCCUCACUCUGAGUUCUGCGGUGCUCUGCUGCACGCCGUUGGCAUGAUCCGCUCCGCUGAGGACGAUGCGAAGGCACUCAAUGUGGGGGACGAGGAUACCGCCAGAACAGGUUUCCUCACUGGGAUGCCGCUGGAAACGAUUGCAUGGGAGAAGGUUGACGAGGACGGUGUCAAGCGCAUGCCGACUUUCACGGUCCAUAGCGGGAUUCUGCAGGCUUGUGCUGAGCUGCGCCGUCUUCGCGUGGUCAUUGCACGGCAUGGAGAAGAUGGACCUGGAGAGCAGGCGGCCAAGAUGGAUGUCGAUGUGGUGAUGAGCAGUGGUAUGGACGGAGCGGCGGAGUACAGUUCUGGCGACGUUUCGAUGGAUAUCAGUAGCGGUGACAGCCACUACUGAUGUCCAUUGGCAAGGUCAUGAUGGAUAUCGGUGGUGACUCUGACCUGGGCAGGAUGGGAGGUGGCAGUGAUUGAGAAGGGCGUUGUCUUUUAGGUGCGGAUUAGCAAAGGAAGUGCUCCUGGCUUUUACCACGGCCGUGUAGAGAUGAUGGAACGUGGGCAGGGAGGGAGAAAGAAUCGAAUG